AUGGGCGGCAUGGAUAGCAUGGGUGGUAUGGGCGGUCAGAUGGGAGGUAUGGGAGGCCAGAUGGGCCAAAUGAGCAACCAGAUGGCAAGUAUGGGCGGCCAAAUGGGUGGAAUGAGUGGCCAGAUGGGUGGUAUGGGUGGCCAGAUGGGCGGCCAAAUGGGUGGAAUGAGUGGCCAGAUGGGUGGUAUGGGUGGCCAAAUGGGUGGUAUGGGCGGCCAAAUGGGUGGUAUGGGCGGCCAAAUGGGUGGCAUGGGCGGCCAGAUGGGAGGUAUGGGCGGCCAAAUGGGUGGAAUGAGUGGCCAGAUGGGUGGUAUGGGUGGUAUGGAUGGAAUGGGCGGAAUGGGAGGCAUGGGAGGCAUGGGUGGCCAGAUGAGUGGCAUGGGCGGCAUGGACGGCAUGAACGCCAACAUGCAAACCGGCACCGUCAAGUCAUGGAACGAUGAGAAGGGCUUCGGCUUUAUCAUUCCGACUCUCUGUUGCAUUGCCGGUUUGAAUGCUGGAGGUGACGACAUCUUUGUCCAUCGGAGUUCCUUGGUGGAUGGUGGAGUUCUGGUGCAAGGGAAUCCCGUCCAGUUCGAAGUCACUUGGAAUGCCCAGAAAGGCAAAAGCCAAGCUUCUCGUGUCACUGGCGCAACCCCACAGCCUGGGAAGGGUGGGCACAUGGGUGGCAUGGGUGGCGGCAUGGGCGGCUGCAUGGGUGGCUGCGGAGGAGGAGGUCCAGGAGGAGGAUUGGAAGGGCCACCAGUGCAGCAAUCUGGCACCGUCAAGGUGUGGUUCGAGGACAAAGGCUUCGGUUUCCUUACUCCCGACGGAGGAGGUGACGACUGCUAUGUCCACAGGACCGCCCUCACCGAUGGCCAGUCCUUGACGCAAAAUGCCGCGGUCAGCUACAUUGCACGGAAGCCCUGA